AUGUGGAACAAUCUUCCAUCUGAUUUGCUAGCCAACAUCUUCUCCUACCUACCUCCACCCUCCUUAGCACGUGCCAUGGCGGCGUGCCGCCAUUGGCACGACUGCGGGAGGACGUCGGCCGCAGGAUAUAAAAUAUGCGGCCAUCAAUACCCGCCAUGGUUCAUUGCCUUACCCACGCGCAACAACAACUUGUGUUUUGUUCACAACUCAAUUGAGAACACUUGGCACUUGCUCAAUUUGGAUCAUGUUCCUAGCCUCACCCGACCUGUGUCCACGAUUGCAGGACACGGGUUGAUAUUGUUUAAAUCCGUUGGUGGAGUGCCAAUUCGGUUGACGGUUUGUAAUCCGUUCACCGGUUGGUUCCACCCUCUUCCACUGUUGCGAAAACCGAGGACUAAUCCGGCGGUGGGAGUCAUAGAGGGUGGUCCCGACCGGUUCCAAUUGUACGUUGCGGGUGGGAUGUCUGAGGCGGCUAGUAGUGGUGCCGCCUCAUACGAACCCACUUUAGAAACCUUUGAUUCUAAAAGUAAUAAGUGGACCGUUAUAGGGUCCAUGCCAGUUGAGUUUGCCGUGAGGCUUACUGUAUGGACCCCAAACGAGAGUGUAUACUCGAAUGGGGUCCUAUAUUGGAUGACCUCAGCCCGUGCAUACAGCAUAAUGGGCUUUGAGAUUGGGUCAAACAAAUGGGCCGAACUCAGUGUGCCAAUGGGCGACACACUCGAGUUUGCCACCUUAAUCACACGAGUUGGAAAACUAGCGGUUAUUGGCGGGGUUCAUGGUGGGUAUGUGGUGGUUUGGGAGCGAGGAGACGAUGGCGAGUGGGUUAUGAUUGAAAAAAUAGCAUGUGAAUUAGGAAAUAGGUUUAUGAGUAGCAAGUGUGUGGGUAUUGAAGGGUGUGUGUGUUUAUACAAGGAAAUCGGUUCGGGCAUGAUGGUGUGGAGAAGCGAUGAAGAUUCCGAGGAUAAAUGGGUAUGGAAUUCGAUAGAAGGUUGUAAUCGAGUAAGUGGAAAACGGAUCGAAAAUUGCCCGAUCAAAGGACUAUUUCUUCACCCGAAUCUCACAUUUUCAAUAGGUUUAAAAGCUACAACUGAAAUUGAAAAUAAAGAUUGA